GCAAGCGCAUCCCUCCCUCUCUCGCUCCCUGCCCUUACGCCCAUCGGUGAUGACAAAUCUUCGCUCUGCCUCCAUUGGCCCGGCCCUCGGCUCCACGGGACCCAAUUGGACGUGGUGGGAGGGCUGCCGAUGUUCAAAGGUGGCGCUAUAUUGCCCAGUGGACCCCCCUCAGCCUUUCCAGCCCUGCAUCACAUCCAACGCGCGCUCUCGGCGCACAGGGGGGGGAGUCGCGCUCCCUCGCCCGCGCUUGCUCGUCUCUCUUCUCUCUCUCUACCCCGCGCGGAUGAUGAUGGCACGAGACGGCACACACCCGCAUCGUCCAUCUCAUCAUCAUCGUCUUCCUUUAGAGGAUAUGCGUGCUGUCUAGAGGAUAAGGGGAAAGAGGUCUGUGCAGAAGUCUGGUGGUCACACUCCAGGCUGGCACGUUCCUCGUAGCCAACGUAUUCAUCCUCAUCUCGUCGUCCGUCAUCAUCAUUCUGUUCCUCUUCCAAACAGAAGCCACCUCCAUCAUCGUCAUCCUAUCCCCAUCACAAUAAUCAACUUUACUCGUCAAAUCAGCUGCCAUCAUCAUCAUCACCAACAACAACCACGAACGCCUUUUCGGCUCCUGCUCCCAGCUGAUUGCUGGAGGGAGCCUCCGGAUGGCUACCGAGGUGCUGCUGAGGACCCGACGCGCAGAACCAGCCGGAGCCACGAGAGAUGUCCGGGUUCGCGGUUCGACACCAGCUACACGCCGGUCCGCGCUGGUUCAGUUGCAACCACAGCAGCAGCAGCAACAACAGCAGCAACGUCAUCUUCACCAGCAGCAACGGCAGCAAUCGCCGUGCACUUCCUCAACUGCAGCAGCAUCCUCCCCGUUCACUUACUCCUGCUCGGCUUCGCGAGUCAAACCGGGACGUCCUGGGUCUCCGGUUGCCACCGCCGCCGCUGCUGCCACUCCCGGCUUGGCUCAUCGCGGAGUGCGGAGACACCAACACACGCACAACCUGAAGCAUCGCUACGAGUUCCUGGAGACCUUGGGCAAGGGGACGUACGGCAAAGUGAAGAAGGCGAUCCACAGGGCGAGCGGGCGCAAGGUGGCGAUAAAGUCAAUCCGCAAGGACAAGAUUAAGGAUGACGGCGAGAUGGUGAACAUCUGGCGGGAGAUCGAGAUCAUGUCGUCGCUGAGCCACUCCAACAUCAUCGGCGUCUACGAAGUGUUCGAGAACAAGGACAAGAUCGUGAUGGUGAUGGAGUGCGCCGAGGGGGGGGAGCUCUACGACUUCCUCAGCGCGCGUCGCCGCCUCCCCGACGCCGAGGCACGGCGUCUCUUCCGCCAGGUCGUCUCGGCCGUGCACUGCUGCCACAAGAACGGUGUGGUUCACAGAGAUCUGAAGUUAGAAAACAUCCUCCUGGACGAGAACAACAACAUCAAGCUCGCGGAUUUUGGCCUCUCGAGCCAGUUCCACGGUGACCGACUGCUCCAGACGUUCUGCGGAAGCCCCCUGUACGCGUCGCCCGAGAUCGUCAACGGACGCCCCUACCGAGGCCCCGAGGUGGACAGCUGGGCCCUGGGCGUGCUGCUCUACACGCUGGUGUAUGGGACGAUGCCCUUCGACGGGCGUGACCACCGCACACUCGUGCGCCAAAUCAGCAGCGGCGACUACAAGGAGCCCACACAGCCCUCCGAUGCGUGCGGCCUCAUCCGCUGGAUGCUCAUGGUGAACCCGGAGCGCCGUGCCAGCAUCGAGGACGUCGCCAGCCACUGGUGGGUCAACUGGGGUCACAGCGGCUCGCUGUGCGACUGCGACGCCCGCACGCCCCCCACCGGCUCGCCCGCCCGCUCCCGUGGCUGGUCCUACCCGCAGCCGGCGCUCGACUCUCACCAGCGCUGGAAGGCGGCGGCGGCGGUGGUGGCUGCGGCGGCAGCCGGCGGCGAGCAGCGCGACGGCGAGGAAGACGGCGCCGGCAUGGCCGCUCGCCCGGCGGGAUCGGCGCUCGCCGCCCGGUGCCUGCAGAAGUCUCGCAAGGAGAACGACGUCAGCCACACUCAGGCCGCCGGCACUGGCGGCGCCGGCGCCGGCGCCGGCAGCGACCCCCAGCCGAUCGCGGCUCGAGCGCCGGCGCGGAAGCCCAAGAGCAUUCUGAAGAAGCGCAGCGACUUCGCCGAGCGCUCGCAGCCGGCCGCGCGCAGCCUCGACAGCUACACCUCCUCCGCCGCCGCCGGCGCCCGCUGCAGCUUCCCGGACGACGCGGAGCUGCCAAAGCGCGCGCCGUCGCCGUCGCGGUGCCGCCCCGCCGCGUCCGCCGGCGGCACCGCGAAGAUGCCGCGGAAGGGGAUCCUCAAGAACGGUGGCGGGGGCGGCGCCGGUGGCGGGGGCCAGCGGGAGAGCGGAUACUACUCGUCCCCCGAGCGCAGCGGCUCGCUGGACAUGACGGCGCUGCUGGCGGUGCGGACGGGCGGCGGGGAGCCGGACGGGAGCGGCGCCUGGCGCUCGGUUCUCACGACGCCGCCUCCGCGCAGAGGCAGCAGCGGCUUCGUGGUGUUGCGCCACAAGGGCAUCCUGAAACGCCACGGCAAGUUCUCCCAGAGGCCCGCCGGUCUCGGCGCGGAGGCCCCGCCGGCAGCGCGCGUGUCGCGAUCGCUCGGCGAUCUGCUCCUGCUCGGCGAUGCCGGGGGUGGCGGAGGGGGCGGCGGUGAGCGGGGCUCCGGUGCCGGAGGCAACCUUCAGAGUCGCCCUUCGAGCGUGAUGAGCGACGACAGCAUCCUGUCGAGCGAGUCGUUCGACUGUCUGGACUUUCAGGAAGAUGUCGUGGACGGGCGCAAUGUCGCCGCCGCCGCCGCCACCGCCGUCACGAUCGGCCUGAGACCGUCCAAGAGCCGAGAGCCCAGCGAGGAAUCGGUGUUUGAUGACGACGACGACGACGACGAUGACGAGGACGACGACGACGUCUCCUCUGCGAUGAAUACUUAUGAGCGAGUGUUGCAGUUGAGUCCGAGGCUCAUUUGACCUCGAGGAUGUCGCUCAGACGCUCGCCCACGCGCACGCACGCGUGGCCACGCACGCACGCACGCGUGGCCACGCGAUAUCGCAUUAAUUUAAUUUUUAUUUUUUAUCGCCGCGUAUGUUCACGCGUAAUCUGUGCCAAACGCUGCAACGACUACUGGAGGCUCGGCGGGGUGGGGGGGGGGGAGAAAGUUGUAAAGAGUAACUAAACGGCAAGUGAGGAACAAACCAAAGUCGAUUUCUUACGAAUCGUGGAUGAGUUCAUAACCAAAUACUCGCGCGACGUUUCGAUAGCUUUAGAGGUGGCCUGGUGGCCGGGUCAGUCCUGCUUAUGUUCUGGGUUCAAUUCCAGGUUUCAGCCCAGCUACCUGUGAUUAUUACACUUUUACUUUGCGAGUGUUAAGCAAGUUUAUUAUGGGUUUUGGUUUUGGCCUUGGUCACAAAGCAAAAUCAGCAAUGUCAAAUUGGGUUUGGCAUUUAUUGUUUUAUUUAUGCAAAUAUUUCACCUGGAUCGUCACUUGAGAUGGAACAUCUCAUUUGCAAAGGGUUUCCAGGUUGUCUGUUGCUACACGCAUAGCAAACGCGUAAUGACGUGUAUAUAUACAUACACAUGUGUGUAUGUGUAUAUAUACACAUCUAUAACCUACAGAACGUCUGCCCAUCUUGAUUGGCAUAGAAGACCUAUUGAGAAUCCCACGAAGUGGUACUCAUUUUAAUUCCCCCUGGACGCACGAUGGUCGGCUGAGUCAACCCCCGGACCAGGAUUUAAACUAACGCUUUCCGAGUCUGAGCCGCCCACUCUAAGGCUCGAAUCAGCUUGGCCAGUCGACACUUUGACCUUUGAUCGACAUGCGACAAAUAAACUUUACAGGGUGUAUGAAAAGAUAUGACCCCCCCCCUCCCCCACCGUGUGUGCUAAUUAAGACGCUGUUAAAUGGACUUCUAAAGUAGUUCUGUAGUAUCUUCUUCCAGGGGUUUGUUCUCUGACACACGGUGAUGCACUACUAGCUAUGGAGCUCGGAACGGAUAAUUCUCGGACAAACCAAAACAAAAUAUAUUCUAAACUAAACUAUUUUUUAUUUUACCAGAUAAGGCCCACUGAGCUAUUUAGCUCUUUUUCAGAAGCGACCUGGCCACAAAUAAUAGCUCAACGAAGUGGCAUAUCGUG